AUGGAAAGCACAGUCCAGACUGUUGAAGAGAAAGCUACUGAAAUUAGCAGUUCAGAAAUGUCUUUACUAAGAGAAAGCAAGAGCCAAGAGAAUCAGAGAUGCGCCAGUAUUUUCUAUAAUGUCCUUUCACAAGAGAUUAAAAAUGGCCCUUUGGAUUCAGAUUCUAGUGAAGAUUUCAAAUAUGACGAGUUUAUAUUAUCUUUUAAAAAUCCAAAACAUGCUAUAUUAGCGCAGAAACUUAAGUAUUCGAGAUUUUUUAAAUGAGAAGAGAUAUUGUUAUUUGAAACCCACAAUAGAAAUAGGCACAUUUUGGAUUUUAUGAAUGUCUCUUUUCCAAGCCAAGCAAAUGGUUUAUAUAUUUGCUCUUCAAAUGUAUCAAGGCUGGCAAGAUCUACUUACUUUGCAGCAUUGAUUAAAAUAAGCUCAAAAGUUAUUUGAAAUGCUGAAUUUGGAAGUUUCUUAUUUAACUCGUCUCAAUUGAAGAGGUUGAUGGCAGCUUACAGACAUGUAAAAUCCUUGUCUUUGAAAUAUUGUAAGUUGUCAAUUCCAAGUGUUCCUGACUUCUCAAGGGCUCUUAGAAAUUGUCAGAUUAAGUCUAUUGAUUUAUUAGGAUCAGGAGGGUCUUGCUCAAGUGAUUGGGCGAAUCACUUCGAUGAGUUCGAUCAUUUGAUACAAGGGUUGGCAAGCUCAAAAGAUUUAAAACUCAAUCUCAGAAGCAUAACCAUCUACAACUGUGGGAUAGAAUUAAAUAAAGCCCAAGAGAUAUUUAGGCAAAACCAACUAGUAGAAGUGCAAAUAAUUGGUUAAGAUCGAAAUAAUGCAAAUUUUGUAGUUUCUAGUAGCCUUGUAGUGGCCCUUUUUGUUCCCUUCUUAAUUCAUAAUAAUAUAUAUU